AUUGUAUGAUAUAGGAUUCUUCGUUGUUCCUCAUUCUCGCUUUCCAUCUUCUCGAGUCCACUUUGAAUGCAUAGAUGGCGUGAUGUCUAUGUAGUUAUGUUUGAUUGAGUAAAAGGAACAGUGUUGUUAAAAGGAGAAGGCAUACAUUAGGAGGCAUAGUUCUAACUAAUACUAGCAAACAUGCAGUGCAAACGGAAUUAUGAUGUAAGUCCACAGUAUUAAUUUUCAUGUAUUCAUCCACCGUGACUCCAAUAAAUGAUCUUGAUUUCUCCCAACCAAAAUAGAACUUAAAGUCCAUUAGGUGUCUUUUUACUUACUCAGCUAUAAACACCGCUAACAACUUUGCAGCAAAGAAAUGAAAUACCUGUGAAAGUCUUCCUUAUCCAUCAUGUGACAGCUAUUAAGGCUCAUCUAAUUUCACUUUCCUAAAAUGCUCCAUUACUACCACACAAAACAAACCGCUCCUAUUCAAUCUAUUCACGUUUCAUUGCCUUUGUCUAGCAAUUUCUCCUCUUUACUAAAGAAAACUCAAAUCCCCAUUUUUUCAAAAUAUCCAUGCAGAUGCUCCUCAAUUUUCUCUCAAUACAACUCACAUACCGGUAAUAAAAAUAAUAAUAAAGGACAUGCCAUUCUUUCUACUCAAGAACGCUUUAGGAGCCAAGAUGAAGAAAGGCAUAAGAACUUUUUGCAACACUGAUGUGUCAACCUCAACUCUCAACCAACACAAUAGUACUAUUGGCAAUGGCAUAGGCAACAAUAGCCAAGUUGACAUCACCAGUAGCAAGGUAAGCUCUCCUUUUUUACAAUGCGACAAUUCAAAUUCAAAGCAAAGCACACCAACACUAGAAGAUCUUAUACUACAGCUAGAAAUGGAGGAAGAGAUGGCAAGGAAAGAAAAACUCAAUGAAUAUAGUGGAAUAAGGGGAAGAAUGUCAAGUGUUAAUAACUCUGACAUCUUAAGAUCUGCAAGAAAUGCUUUGAAUCAAUACCCAAGGUUUUCACUUGAUGGAAGAGAUUCCAUGUAUAGGUCAUCUUUUGGAAUGAUAGAAGGAAGAAGAUCAGUUUGUAGUGAGAGAAGUUUAGAACCAAAGGUUGAGGAAAAGGUUGUGUGUUUUCCCACAACAAUUGCAGGGGAGAGUGUAGUUUGGUGUAAACCUGGGGUUGUGGCAAAGUUAAUGGGUUUGGAAGCUAUUCCAGUGCCAAUUGGUAGAAAAAGAUGUGACAAUAAAGACAAGAUAAGUAGUGUUGGUUUAAGGAGGCAGAAUAUAAGGAGGAGAUCAUUUGAGAGGCAUGAUUUGGAGAGAAAAUUAGCAAUGGACAUGCAGGGUUAUCGUGAUCAUUUUGUUAGAAGAAGAAAUAGGUCUGGUAUUUGCUCUAACAAUGGAUAUUGUAUUAUGAAACCAGUUUCUCUAGAAGCUAUGGCAGGUGGUCCUGCUAGUUGGCAGCCAAGGAGAUAUGCUUAGAUUUUAGAUUGUUUUCUAAAACUUGCUAAUGUAGUAAGGACUUUAAUUCUAUUUGAAGUUAUGCUAAUUAUAAUGCAUGUAAUGUAAUGCCUCACAAGGCUAAUAAUUACACAAGUUUUAUCAAUUUGAUAUUUCUUUUGCCU